GUGCGUAAAACAUACCCAAAGUGCAUCCAUUACCAUCUGCACCAGGGAGCUACAAAACCUUUUGCCCCAAUAUUUUCGACUUUGCAGUCAACUCUGCCCUGCCCACCCACAAUACAAAACCUACAACUCUCAACUCGUGGGAGGGACCUGCCUUUCAACAUUUAACCACUGCCCAGCAAGAGGCCAAGACGCGCUGAGUAAGAGGGCUUUUUAAACGUGUAAUUACUUGGGGCUACAUUGCGAUACAGUGCCUAUAGGUGACACUUUUCUUCCCUUGAAAUAAACAUCCAAAUGGCAAUAGCUAAUAGUUUUUCAUGUGGAUUUUGGAAGUUUGACUCUAAAAUGUAUGAUGGAUCUCGGUGACUCUCUUGGUUGCAGACUUUUUGGAUACUCUCAGGAAGACUUUCACACUUCAACACACAUGCAGUAACUGGAGUAUAUGAUGAAUGGAAUAAAACUCAUAAACUAACAAGAGACACGGAGUGGACAGGUCAAGCGGAUGCGAGGGAACUCUUGGAUUAUUUUGGAUCCGUUGGGAAUAUUAGGCUACUUGCUCUCUGUGAAGAAAAACAUUUGCGAUUGGAUGAAAGAAUGUAUGGAAUAAAUCUGCGCUGUAUUUACAUAUCUUUUCAUUUCUUCGUGUUGUGGUGCCAUGCUCAGGGGGAGAAUCACCCGUCUCCUAAUUUUAACCAGUAUGUGAUGGAGCAGGGCGCAAUGACGGACCAGCUUAGCCGGCGACAGGUCAGGGUUUAUCAACUAUACAGCCGGACCAGCGGGAAGCACGUCCAGAUACAGGGCAAGAGGGUCGCCGCUACUGCCGAGGACGGCAACAAUUACGCACGUCUCUUUGUAGAGACUGACACCUUUGGCAGUCGGGUUCGGAUCAAAGGUGCAGAGAGUGGACGCUACCUCUGUAUGAACCGGAAGGGGAAACUGGUUGGAAAGCCUGAUGGCAGAAGCAGGGAUUGUAUCUUCACAGAGAUUGUUCUGGAGAACAAUUACACUGCCUUCCAGAAUGCCAAGUAUGAGGGUUGGUAUGUGGCUUUCACCAGGAAAGGGAGGCCCAUCAAAGCCUCCAAGACGAGGGAGAACCAGAGAGAGGUCCAUUUCAUCAAGAGGCUACACAAGGGCCCACUACCUUUCCCCAACAUGGACAGAAUCAAACAAUUUGAGUUUAUCAGUUUUCCACCCACCCGUCGAGCGAAACGGAACAGGAAAUCACAGACUGCUGCCUAGUACAGGAAAAUCGGACUAUUAUUGAGGAAAAAUGUUAAUUUUAUUUUUGUAUGUUUUUAAUAUGUGAAGAUACUUAAAAUGCGAAAAAGUCUAAAGUAAUUUUGUUGUAAAAUGAUCCCAUGUAAAUCAUGUAAGAGAGUAAAUGAGAUUUAUGUAUAUAUUUAAUAUGACAGUGUGUAUGUAUGUGUUUUCUUUUGCUUUUUGAUUGGUCCCGUGACAGAGUGGGUAUUGGAUAGGUACAUUAAUAAACAUGUUCAGCUUGGUUAUCACAAAACUUAAGUGUGACAAAUGCAACAUUUGACCUUUAGAUCAUCUCUCUCAUUUGAUAUGACUGCUUUCUUCGUACUAGUGCUGAAAUUGAUUUCUAAGUUAAGAAAAGCUCUUCAGAAAUGUACAGGAAGUGGUAAUGUUCUUGUGUCACAGAUCAGUGUGUACAAUCAGUGCAUAAAGAAAAUGUAUCCAGUAUAAAAAUCUGUAGCCAAGUGGCAUACCAUUCUAACGAACUGCUAUGCCAAAACAUGAUUUAUUGCUCAGGUAUGAUUCUUUAAAUCAUGGGUGUCAAACUCAUUCCAUGGAGUGCCGAGUGUUUGCGGGUUUUUGUUUUUUCCUUUUAAUUAAGACCUAGAAAACCAGGUGAGGAGAGUUCCUUACUAAUUAGUGACCUUAAUUCAUCAAUCAAGUACAAGGGUGAAGCGAAAAUCUGCAGACACUCUGCCCUCUGUGGAAUGAGUUUGACACGUGCUUUAAAUCAUCUACCUACCAAUAUGUAGCCUAGCUACUGUACUUAUAGUCAGAAAUAUGAAAUAAUUUGCUUACUAUCAGUGAGACAUGUACUGAUUAUACUUAUUCAAUUCCAUGCUAUUAAUUAUGUUGCUUAGCCCUACUGUUUUGUACAAUUACGUAAAUGCUUCAUUCAACAACACCAAUCAAACCAACUCCUAACGCCAUUCAUUUUCUGUGUAGGAUGAACUUGUCAUGAUUCCAAAUUGUCAAUCA